CUCCUCCCACUGUUCCAAAUAAAGAGGCUGGGCUUCUCCAGCCCUCCCCUUCUUUUUCAUCAUUACCUUUCUUCCUUCUCCAUCUCCUCGCAAUGUCUUCCUCCUCCUCACCAUCCUUCCAAUCCGCCCUCCUCGCCGGCGCCCUCGCCGGAACCACCGUCGACCUCUCCCUCUUCCCCCUCGACACCCUCAAGACCAGGCUCCAAUCCUCCGCCGGCUUCUUCCCCUCGGGCGGCUUCUCAGGCAUCUACCGCGGCAUCGGCUCCGCCGUCGUCGGAUCCGCCCCCGGCGCGGCCUUCUUCUUCUGCACGUACGAAACUACAAAGAGCUUUCUCGGCAAACGAAUACGACGAAAUAGCAACGACGCAAGUGAUGGCUGGGUGCCGGCGGAUAUCCUCACGCACAUGGGCGCCUCCAGCCUGGGCGAAAUCGCCGCCUGCUCCGUGCGCGUGCCCACCGAGGUCGUCAAGCAGCGCGCCCAGGCCGGCCACCACGGCGGCUCCUCCGCAAAGGCCCUAGGCCACAUCCUCAGCCGGUACUCGGCCACGGGAGGGGGGCUCUUCGCCGUAUGGCGCGAGCUGUACCGCGGCUGGGGCAUCACCGUCUUCCGCGAGGUGCCCUUCACCGUCAUCCAGUUUCCGCUGUGGGAGGCCAUGAAGGCUUGGGGUCGCCGGCGCCGCAACGACGGGCGGGACGUCUCGGCCGGGGAGAGCGCCCUCUAUGGGAGCUUGGCGGGAGGCGUGGCCGCCGCGUCGACGACGCCGCUUGACGUGCUCAAGACGAGGGUCAUGCUGUCCAAGGAGCGCGUGUCGGUGGGCGAAGUGUUCCGGCGCAUGGCGCGAGACGAGGGCGUCCGGCCCUUCUUUGCGGGCAUUGCGCCGCGCGUGACGUGGAUAUCGAUUGGCGGGGCGAUAUUUCUCGGGAGCUACCAGUGGGUCAUUAACACGAUGAAUAGCAUACCAUCAUGACAGAACAGACCUCACGGCUUUCUUCAAGACAUUUGCGACAGACUCAUAAAGGGACAGGUAUAAAAGAGAAAAGGGUUAUAUAUAGACGCUGUGACGAAAGGAUAUGUAUGUAUCAAUAUAGCUGUAUAAACAGGAAAGGCAAUUAUUAGGAGGGCUCUUUGUAUGAAUAUAGAUCAGCGCUUCGAUACUGUAUAUCCUCCCUCCCUAUCCCAUGGGAUACUUUUGUGUACAAUAACGACAACAAAGAUACGGCAAUAAAAAUUAUUCAGGAAGAAUUGCCAGAUACAUAUAUAUACUGCUCGUGAGCAGGGAUAUAAACCACAGACAAAGGACAGAGGCGGGGGGGAAAGAAGCAGAAAGAAACAUCACGCUACUAGAAACCUGAAAAGCAGGAACAAGGUAUCAGCCAAGAAAGACAAUGCGCCUAUACACCGUUGGGAGCCUCAGUCGGCUCUGCCGUGGCUUGCACGGGAGCUGCCUCUACGGGCACUGC